CCUCCAUGUACAUUUUCAUGUCACUGCACAACUAGAAAAAAUUACAGAAAAAAAAAAACCAGGCUCCGUGUUCCGGAUAGCGAUCCGCGAGGCAGAGGAUGCUGAGCAGUUGUCACCGAACUCAUUCAAGCUCAGCGCCGAAACCGGUCUGCAUCUCCUCAAGCAGUCAUCUUUUUGAACGCACCGUGCGCUUCUGGACAAACUCUCAUCUCCAUGGUGGCGGCGGAGCCCGAAUCCAUUGUCGUCGCUUCUGUGUCUUCGCCGCUCAAGACCGUAACCUGCAGGGAGACCGGCAGCUUAAGCUCUCCGUCCUUCGUUUCACUCUGGGAAUACCGGGAUUGGACGAGUCCUACCUUCCUAGAUGGAUUGGUGUGGCUUUUGGAUCUCUCAUUCUACUCAAUCAUUAUCUGUCUUCUUCACCAGGCCCCGCUCAGCUUAGGUCGGAGGCUAUGGGUCUCUGCUUGGCUGCCUUCUCCACUACAUUACCAUAUGUUGGCAAGUUUCUUAAGGGAGAAAACCCAGUGGACCGAUCAAAUUUGCCAGACGGGAACAAACAGAUAUUUAUCAUGUCUGAAAAUCUCUUAGAUUCUCAGAGGGAAGAUUUUGCUUGGGCAUCAUAUGUUCUCUUGCGCAAUACAAACUCUAUGUCAGUGCUUAUUGCGGUCCGAGAUGCAGCAUGUGUUCGCGGCUACUGGAAUAUGCCCGAAGGCAUUUCGAAAGCUCAAAUGGUCAAAUGGCUGUUAACAAAGUUUGAAGAAGUGGGGUUACUUGAUCUGAAGGACACCCUAUAUUUUCCAGAGAGACCAGCAGAUUCUGAACUGCAGCCAAUGCUACCUAGAGGAACUCUUUCUCUGCUACUUCAACCAGUUUUAAGUGAAUCUAGUGCUUUGGUUGAUACUAGAACAAAUAUUGAAGGCUUCGUGCUGUUGGCCUCUAAUGCAAAUUAUGCAUAUAGUGAAAAAGAUAGAGCUUGGAUUAGAGCAAUUUCAAACAAAUUUAAAGACUCCGAUAUUGGCCACAUGGAGAAGGAUUCUUUCAACAUAUUUCCCUUCUCACCGACGAUGUCAACAUUGACAACAAUGCCUCGAUUACAUUUGGUUAUAUGUUAUGGGUCUUUUUACAAUGUUGACGCUAUAAGAUGACCAUAGAACCACUACCUAAUGGCAGCAAGAUUAUUCACUUAGGUUUUUGUCAACUAUAAUGGAC